AUGGACCUCAACAAACAAUUGGCAGCCGUCUCGAGAACCGUCGAAAAGACAAAUGCCGAACCUGGAGACGAAGGUCGCAUCAUCACCAUCAGCCAAACCUUCGGCAUCGAUGUGCCGACUCUGUGGGAAACCUGCACGAAGCCAGACAAGAUCAAGCAGUUCUUCUCUCCCGUAUCGGGCGACCUCUCCGUCAACGGUCGCUUCCAGGUCGAGAACAACGCCAGCGGAACCAUCGAGAAGUGUGACCCGCCCUCCAAAUUUCGUGUCUCUUGGGAGUUUGGUGGCAGCACCAGCUGGGUCGAGGUCUUGAUCAGUGAAGUCAACGAAGCCCAGUCUCGCCUCAAGCUAUCGCACACAGCGCCCAUCAACAAGCAUUGGGAAGAGUAUGGCGCUGGAGCAGGAGGUGUCGGUUGGGAGAUGUCGUUUGCUGGAUUGGCGUAUUAUCUCAAGGGCGUCAAGGUCGGUCCGGAGUGGUUUGUUCAGGACGAGACAAAGACCUACUUGGCCAAGUGCAGCAAGGCUUGGGGAGAGGCUGCUGUGCUCGGAGGGGAGGACCCGGAGAUUGUGAAGGGGAGAGUUGAACGAACGACCAGGUUUUAUGCGCCUGGUUGA